CUGAAUCCACUUUGCUGCCUGACAUUCGAUGGCCUCUGUUCAUCCGGCGGCCUGUGUUGUGCAGGUCAGACUGGAUGGUCCUGGUGCUCCCCUCUGCCCUUAGGCUCUAUGAAUGAAUGAAGUGACCCCGCUGGGGAAGAGCAGAACGAACGAGGAGGAAGGGACCUGCCGCGGGUCUGGGCCACGAGUGGAUUAUUGUGCAGUUGGAGCGCAGGCUGUGCCGGGAAUGAGAGCUGAACCGCAUUUCAGCUCACUCUACAAAACACAGCCGCCCGCCUCAGGUUUAAUAGAGGUGCUCCCCAGCAGGGCCCAUGUGGUGAAGUGUUACACUGGGCCAGACGGGGCAUCAUGCGAGGGCAGGCCACACGCAGAGGGCACAGCGAUGCCAGGCGAGCAGGCAGCUGGGACUUCUUCCCCUGCCUUCAGGCCGCUGGGCUGACGGUCCCAAAGGCCAGCCCUGGCCGGAAGAGGCAGAAGAGAGACUGGGUCAUCCCUCCAAUCAAGUGCCCUGAGAAUGAGAGGGGGCCCUUCCCCAAGACGCUGGUUCAGAUCAAAUCCAACAGGGACAAAGAGAUCCGGGUUUUCUACAGCAUCACGGGGCAGGGCGCAGACACCCCCCCUGUGGGCGUCUUCAUCAUCGAAAGGGAGACGGGGUGGCUGAAGGUGACACGCCCGCUGGACAGAGAGGAAAUCAGCCACUACACGCUCUAUUCCCACACUGUGUCUGCGAAUGGGCAGCUCGUGGACGGCCCCAUGGAGAUCAUCAUCACCGUGAGCGACCAGAACGACAACAUACCCCAGUUCACCCAGAGCGUCUUCACAGGCUCCAUAGGAGAAGGAGCCAAGCCAGGUACCUCCGUGAUGCAAGUGACAGCCACAGAUGCAGACGACAGUGUAAACACCUACAAUGGGGUCAUUGCUUACUCCAUCCUGCAGCAGAUACCUGAACAACCCCACAGAGAGAUGUUCACCAUCAACUCGGAGACUGGCGUCAUCAGUGUGAUUGGAACUGGGCUGGACAGAGAGACUGCCCCCCAAUACAGGCUGACAGUGCAGGCUGCAGAUCUGCAGGGACAGGGGUUCACAGCCUCCGCCACUGCUGUCAUUGAGGUGCAGGUCAAAAACAUGUCCGAGGCCCCUAGCAGCUCCCUGACCAUCCACGCGGUAAACGCUCUGACAGGCCAGCCCGCCACAGGCCUGGCCAUGCACCUGUCCCGGCUCGAAGGCCCCGGGCUGCAGUGGAUGGAGCUGAUGAAGAGGUUGUCUUCACGGUCACAGAGCAAACCCGGAAGCUGCACAUCCCUCUGCUGAUCAGCCCCUUCUCCUACACCACCUACAAGGGGAGCUAGAGCACAAGGGAGAGCAGGUCGGCCCCCGCGGCCGGCCUGGCCCUGGCCCUGGCUCCAGAGAUGGGCCGGAGGAAGUGACGUGGGGGGGGGCCCACGCUAUUAAAGGGUUCUUUCAGCA